CUUUUCUCUAUAAGGCUCUAUAAUAAGCUACGGAAAUAUUCGAACUAUUGAAAAUGUUGUCAAUUUUCACAACCUUUGCGCUAUUUAUUGCUGUUGUACGUGGCAUCGGGGAGUUGAGCGUGCUGCAAUGUCCCAAGUCAAUGGAAUUCACUGGCAACGAUUCACUGGAUAGUUUUUACGUGGGCGACGUUCUCCUGGCUACAUUGGGCAAUAGCGUCACCGGCAACUCCAAGUGGUCCGGCCUGACGAUCAAGGAUCCCUUUGAACUCAGCCAGACAACGGUGAUUCUUGUGCACGUGAAGGGUGUUUAUCGUGUGGAAACGUCCGGCAAUUACAGGGUUUACGAACUAAUCGAUUCGGACACCGCAAAUUCGAUUGAUAAUUUCGUAGCACAGCUCGAGCCCGGAACAGUUAACGAUUUCAACUUUAUUAAUCAUAAUCUGGGUGUCUUAACGUACAAGUCCUAUUUCGGUAGUCAGGAGGUGCCCAUGGCCGAGCCUAUACGUUUCUUGAGGCCCAUCGAUUAUCUGAGCCAUCAGAAUUUUCUCGAGGAGAUCGGCUAUAUGAAUGCCAUCACCAGGAACUUGAGCGGCCUGCUGAACUCCUCGCAGGUGAUCGUCUUUCGCCUGUCGCUGGAUCGCAUUUCCAAGGUGACCAAAUACACCAUACUCUUUGAGGCCAAGCAGCUGGUCGCCGCCGCGAUUGCAGAUCUCCUGGCCGCUGCGAGAAAUAUCAGCAAUACGUUGCUUUUCGUGCAGACCACGGACAAGCAGAUGUCCGCAAGCAGCUUGAGUCGAGGCCAUAAGUCGCCAAACGCGACAAAUCCCUUCCCCAAAUUCCGUGCCUACGAUUAUCCGAUUAUAUUCCAUAUUGUGUUAUGGUUAGGUAUUGCAUAUGUCCUCUCGCUGGCUGUCAUUUGCUGUUCAAUUGUCAAUAUCGAUCCAGGCAGAGAUUCGAUCAUCUAUCGCAUGAGCUCCACCCACCACUAUCGCUCAGGUCUACACAAGAAGAAGCACUAAAAAUUGAUAGAUGUGCUGUUAAAUGUAUUCCUAUGCACUAAUUAAAUAGCAAAUAUAUGCUCACAAGCAAUUAAAGCAAUUUUCAUUUGUAA